GAAGUCAGCCGAGCAUCGCCAGUCUUCAACAUGUCGUACAACACGAAAAACGCCUUCAUCACUUGCGCUGCCGUCAGUGUCCUGCUGCUGAUCCUGGCCGGGCCCAUUCACCAGGUCCAGGGACUUCCCAGUGGAGCUCCUGAGGCUGCCUGUGGUUCCAUGUCGCCCACCUUAGGGCAUUCAGUCAAUCCUCAGCAAAGUUCAGCUCCGUACGUAACGACGGCUGUUUCCGAUCAGACUAACACUGCCGUAACGCUGAACCUCCGACCCAACAAUGAUCAAAAUAAUUUUAAAGGUUACCUUGUGAUGGCUUUCGAUGUGAACGACGAGAACAUGGCCAUUGGCACCUUUGAACAGCCCAGUAACGGCAAAUUAAUGAGCUGUGGCAGCAGCUCGAUGAACGCAGCCACGCAUAGCGAUCCUUCCCCUAAGACCUCUGUCACGCUCAAGUGGACUCCUCCGCCCAACUAUUCCGGCCGAGUUAUAUUCAGGACUACUUUUGUCAAAGAGAAAACGAUAUUUUGGGUCAAAUCCGAAUCGCAAACUGUAACCUUUACGGCACCGUCAACAACGACAGCUCCUGUUACCCCGAAGAAGAAUUCGGCCCCGUCACAGUUCGUCAGUAUGACGUGUGGCAACUUGAUUUUCCUCUCGUUGCUCAUUUUUCUAGUGCGAUAGUUCUUCCAGUUU